AUUGCUGUGACGCACUUUUGAUUUCUGAUGCCUCGAUGAUUUGUUGUUCUCACUGAAAUUGUACAUGCUGUUAUGCAAGUUAAUUUUCACUAGUACACUCGAAGCAGCUAGUGCAUGGCAUGUAUAUGCAUCUGGUUUGGUCUAAUUUUAUUGCAUUUGAGUUGAACUACCAAUACUUGUAGUGCAAAACAUUUGCAGUGGACUUGUACUAGUAGAAAAAUCCUGGUUCAAGAUUUUUGCUCUAGAAUUGAGCUGGUCAAAAAUCUAGUAAGUACAAAUUUGCACUAGAGUUAAACUAAAAAAUCCUAAUUCACAUUUUUUGCAUUAGAAUUUAUCCGGUCAAAAACCUAGCAAAAGAAUUCGCACUAAAGUAGACUAGGAAUUUUUUCCAAAAAAAUGCACUAGAGUUGAACUAAGAAAAACAAUCCUAGCCCAGAGUACUUGCACUAGAGUUGAACCGGGAAAAAUCAAGUAGCACAAAGAAUUUGCGCCAUAGAGUUGAACUAGUCGAAAACUAGAACAAAGAAUUUGAAAUAAACAUGAAGUAGUUUAAAUCCGAAAUCUUAGUACAAAAUAAUUUGCACUAGAGUUCGACCAUGAAAACUUCUAAUAAGAAAAAAAGUUAGCACUAGAGUUGAACUAGGAAAAAUUCUAGUACGAAGAUUUGCAAUAAACUUGAACCAGUUAAAAUCCUAGCACAAAACAAUUUGCAGUAUAUACUUGGAUCCAAGGUCUGCAGUUUGGUCGAGAGGAACAGUGAGAAGCAAUAAUGGCCGGGCAAAUUGAUAGCCACGAUGGAGUAAAAAAGUGGGCUAACAGUGUCCGACAUGGCCUGUACCUUGGUGACCGUGAGAGAUGGAGGACAAUAAUCGAUAGCAGUUGUUGAUUCAUAAUUGCAGUAGUGGGUCUUGCCUGUCCGUCGUAAUUAACAUCACCGACGACAGCUCGCAUUGGUUGCCAUUUUCUCUGCUUCGUAAAAAAUGUCACACCUAGCAUAAAAUUUAUACUAACUUAAUAUAAAAGGUCAGUAGUAUGCAGUAGCCAGUACUGUACGGGUAGCACCGGCGAGAGCUUGGCAGCUCUCCACAGCAGCCAGAUUCCUUUGCUUGCAGUCUCGCAGCGAACAUACCACUGGCUAGCUACUUGUUGAGGUGGUGACCAUGAGAUGGAUGGAGGACAAUAAUUCAUAGCAGUGGCCAGUGGUUGAUUCAUAACUGCAGUAGUGGGGCUUGCCUGCUCCCCAACAUCACCAACGACAGCUCCACCACCACGCGAGGCAGUAGUUGCACUUGUAUAGAUAGCACCGGCGAGAGCUGCGCAGCACUCCUCCUCAGCAGCCAGAUUCACUUGCUUAGACUCUCGCAGCGAACAAACCACUAGCUAGCUACUUGGCGAGUGAGGUUACUCUGGAGCGAGAUGGCAGCAGAAAUCGUGAGCGCGACCAGCGGGGUGAUGAACCCGCUCCUGGGCAAGCUCACCGCGCUGCUCGGGGAGGAAUACAAGAAGCUCACAGGCGUGAGGAAGCAGGCCUCGUUCCUCAAGGAUGAGCUCAGCGCCAUGAAAGCUCUCCUCGACAAACUGGAGCUCAUGGACGAACCCGAUCCCUUGGCCAAGGACUGGAGGGACCAUGUCAGGGAGAUGUCGUAUGACAUGGAAAACUGCAUCGAUGACUUCAUUCAUGACCUUGGCGUUGGCGUUGCGGAUGCCAAGGUGGGCUUCGUUAGGAAGACGGCGCAGCGUCUUAGGAGGCUGGGGAGGCGUCAUAAGAUCGCUGACCGGAUCGAGGAGCUCAAGGGUCUUGCACUCAAGGCGAACGAACGGCGACUGAGGUACAAGAUUGAUGAAUAUAUCAACCCUGCCUCCGGCGCCGUUCCUGUCGAUCCCCGGGUCCCGGCGAUAUACAAAGAGGCGGCGGGUCUUGUGGGUAUUGAUGGCCCAAGGGAAGAAAUUGUCAACUGGUUGACUGCCAGUGUGAGAAAGCUUAAUGUGGUUUCCAUUGUGGGAUUCGGAGGCCUAGGAAAAACUACACUUGCCAAACAAGUGUAUGAUAAGAUCAGAGGCCAGGGCCAGUUUGGAUGCACGGCAUUUGUUUCAGUUUCUCAAAGGCCUGACAUGACAAGCCUUCUCAGUGGCCUAGAGUUGAAGCUUGGGGUGGAGGAGUCUCGUCGUGCUCACGAGGUGCCGGACAUCAUCGACCGUCUUAGAGAACAUCUAAAAAAUAAGAGGUACCUUAUUGUAGUUGAUGACUUGUGGGAUCAGUCUGCCUGGGAUACUAUUAGUUGUGUCUUCGCAGAAGGCGGUAAUGGGGGUAUAGUAAUAGUUACCACGCGAUUGGAUGAUGUCGCUUGUGGGGCAUGCCAUGAUCAUCAUGGAUACAUUUAUAGAAUGAAGCCACUUGUCAAUGAAGACUCGAAGAGGUUAUUCUUCAGUAGAGUAUUCAGGUCUGAAGAUGCUUGUCCACCUCAAUUUCAAGAAGUUUCAGCUCAGAUUUUAAAGAAGUGUGGUGGAUUGCCACUUGCAAUUAUCACUAUAGCAAGCCUAUUAGGCAGUCGCCAAGCAAGAUCAAGGAGUGACUGGGAAAGCAUAAAGGAUUCUCUGGGAACAAAUUUUGCUGCAUAUCCCACCUUGGAAGGGAUGAAAAAUAUAUUAAACCUUAGUUACCUUAAUCUUCCUCUCCGUCUCCGGGCAUGUUUUCUGUAUCUCGGUAUGUAUCCUGAGGACCGCGAGAUCAUGAGGGUUGAUCUGACUCGACAAUGGGUAGCCGAAGGCUUUGUCAGUGGUCCUGAUGGGGCAGAUUUGGAGGAAGUUGCCAAAAGUUAUUUCAACGAGCUUAUCAACAGAAGCAUGAUUCAGCCUGGUGAAGAAAACAUGUACGGAGAGGUGCAUUCUUGCAGAGUGCACGAUCUGAUGCUUGAUUUGAUUUUAAGCAAGUGUACCGAGAACAACUUUCUGAGUGCAGCACACGGCUAUGAAGAGAUGGAAAGAAUGCAUGGGGGCAACUACAAGGUGCGUCGAUUAUCCCUGAACUUGAGCGCAGGUGGCGCCGCAAUACCAGGUUUGACCGUACCUGCUACUGGUCUGUCACAGGUUCGAUCAUAUGCAAGGUUCGGAGAUUCCAAGUACACACCUCCUCUUUGUCGGUUUAAGUAUCUCCGGGUGCUAGUGUUCGAGUUUCCAGAAUAUUGGGACAUAACAAUCGACCUCACUGGUAUCGGUCACUUGUUUCUGUUGAGGUAUUUGAAGGUUUCAGCGGGAGGGGGGGUGGAUAUAGAUCUCCCUGUUGAAGUUAAAGGGCUUGUUCAUCUGGAGACUCUGGAGAUAUCCUGCGACUCAGUACAAAGCUUUCCGUCAGAUGUGGUUUGCUUGCCCAAUUUGUUCCGUCUGAUCCUGCCGUAUGAGACUGGGCUGCCUGAAGGGACCCGGAACAUGAAAUCCAUCCGCACCCUGAAUUGUUCUGGCAUGGGGGAGAGCUCGGUGGAGGAUAUCAAGGGACUGGGCGAGCUGACCACUCUAAGGGAGUUGGAGCUGUACACGUCGUACGGAUGCGAUUUAACGGAGGAUGGCGUGGAUGCUUUGGUCUCCUCCGUUGGAAAGCUCCGUGGCCUCAAGCGCCUCCGUCUCUGUUGCGAGCGUGAAGGCUACGACGACCAGCUGGAGUCAUUACCGGAUCAUCCUCUUCCCCGCAUCGAGGUACUGGAUCUGACAUGGUGGCAGUUCUUAAGAGUGCCCCAAUGGAUCGGUGGUCUCCGCUGCCUCCAGGCCCUCUAUCUACUCACUGUUCAAUUCUCGUCGGAGGACGUUCGUGUUCCUGGAAUGCUUCCCUCGCUCGUCCAUGCCUUCUUCCGUGUAGUGGAUAUCCCUCAAGACAAGGUGGUGGUGGGCACGGGACUAUUCCCGGCUCUGGAGCGCGUAGAGUUCACCUCUUAUAAAGAUGCCACGGAAUUCCUACGCUUCGAGGCAGGAGCUAUGCCCAAGCUACGGACGCUCGCUCUCUGGUUCGGGUUGGGGCGCUGGGGCGGCGCGACGCCGGUCGGCAUCCACAACCUGUUAGCCCUCCAGCAGAUCGACGUGCGUGUCUCGGGCAUAUACAAAGAGACACGUGAGCAAUGUGAACAACUGCGCAGAGACGUCGAGUCCGCGUUCGGCGACGUCUCACGGGCGCACCCAGCACGUCCUACCGUUUCCGUCGCAUACUAGUAGCACGUACUAGUGCUACUGAUUUCUUUUUCCUUUCCUUUUCUUGUUUCUAAUUUGUAGUUACUGCUAGCUUGUUUCCGAUUUGUAUACUAUCACCAAAAUAUGUGUGUUGAUUGCAACCCUGGUAAGUUCCAAUUCUACCGGCCAAAACAAAAAUCGAGAACUUGUCCAAAAA